AUGCUAACCUUACCUCAUUUAUUUCUCCUACUAUUUAAUUGCGCGUCUAAUAAUGCAUUCAUAUUGAGAACAACAGAUGAGAAGACAGAACACCUCAUUUAUGUACAAGCCAUCUGGCGGCAUGGUGAUCGCGCACCUCAUCAGUUACCUUAUCCAAGAGAUUUGAAUGAUGAAAGCUCUUGGCCAAGAGGAUGGUCUCAGCUAACAAAUAUGGGGAUAAAACAACUGUAUGAAUUGGGUCUAUUCUUCCGGAAACGAUAUAAUGGAUAUAUUAAAGAAUUCAAUCCGGCUGAUAUACGAAUCUUAACAUCCAGAUCAGAUCGUGCGAUCGUGAGUGCUCAGGCUAUGUUGCGUGGAUUCUUUCCGGUUGAUAACAUUGCAAUGCAGUGGCUAAAAGAUGAGCUAUGGCAACCGAUUUCCUUUCAUAGCGAAAGCAUUGAACGGAAUGCACCUCUUCUUCACUCUACCCUACACACUUGUUCACACUAUAAUCAGCUUAUGAAGAAUGAAACAGCUGUGAUUGCUGAUGAGAUGAUGGAGAGAUAUGCCGACGUUGUUCAUCUACUUGCAAAUGUAACCGGAAUUGGUGAAGAACUGAGCUUUGACCGGACAGCAGCACUCAUUGAUAUUCAACGAGAGAUAUUGCACCAACUUCCGCAGCCGGAAUGGGUUUACCAAAAAUGGCCACAGUUCCAGAAUAUGAGUACUAUUGACAUAAUUACGGAAUUCAAGCGUAUCAAUCAAAUUUCAAAGUAUAAUACUUUUGAAAAGGCAAAAUUUAAAGGUGGCUUGUUGCUUGGUGAUAUACUGCAUCGGUUUCACAAUAUUUCCGUUGGGACUAAAGUAGAAGCACGUAAAAUGUUUCUUUACUCUGCGCAUGACUCGACAUUAUUAUCACUGCAGCAUGCACUGAACAUAAGCAACGGUUUACUAGUGCCGUAUUCGGCAUGCUUAAUUAUGGAACUGUAUAAAACGGAGAAUGAAACAACACUAAAAAUUUUAUAUAAAAACGAGACAGAAAAUGCAAAUGCUUACGAACUGUUCGUACCAAAUUGCUCAGUACCAUGUAAACUGAAUCAAUUAAUUAAACUAAGUGCACCUACUAUUUUGGAUUCGGUGGAUGAUUUGAAUAAGAUUUGCGAGAAAGAAGAGAACGGUGCUAACAAAGUCAGUGGUAAGAAAGCGCUCAGUAAUCAUACCGGACGACAUGUCACAAUGAUGUUUUCGAUUUCCAGCGUUCUCAUGUUAUUGUAUUUGUUUUUGAUAAGCUGCUGA